AUGAGCACUGAGAGAAGAUUAGAAGCAAACAAAAAAUUGAGAGAAGCCUACAACGAGGUCAUGAGAGAGUACAUAACACUUCAACGUAUGGAAUUGAUCGAACGAGAUGAGUCUGUCAAAGAAACUGACAAACGAGUAUAUUUGUCACAUCACCCUGUGAUCCGUGAAGAUAGAGAAACUACCAAGUAUCGCAUAGUCUAUGACGCUUCAUGCAAAGGAAGCAACGGAGUGAGCCUCAACUCAGAACUGUUAGUUGGUCCGUCACUUCUGGGAGAUCUUCGAGACAUUCUUAUGAGAUGGAGAACACAUAAAGUCUGUUUUGUGGCUGAUGUCAUCAAAAUGUAUCGCCAGAUCCUUGUAAGAAGAGAAGACACAGACUUUCAGAGAAUACUUUGGAGAUUCAGCCCUGAUGAAGACAUAAGAGAAUACAGAAUGCUAACAGUCACAUUUGGAACAGCAUGUACGCCAUUUUUAGCUAUCAAAACCUUGAGACAAAUAGCAAUUGAUGAGGCAAACACAGAAGAAUAUGCCCAAGCUCGAGAGAUUAUCAACCACUCUUUCUACAUGGACGAUGUACUAUCAGGGGAAGAUACAGAAGAAACCGCAAUAGAAGCAAAACGUCAAUUAACAGAAGUACUAAGAAGAGGAGGUUUUGAACUACAAAAAUGGUCUUCAAAUAGCACGAUUGAACGAGAUCGGACUAGUGCCUAA